AUGAAGGAGUGUAAGAAAGCGGCACUUGCCUCAUUACUAAAACCUCUUCUUGCUGCUAAAUUAGAGAAGAAAGAAUUAUCACCAUGUUGUGGGAAAACACCGCUGCCUCCGCCUACUCUUGUGUUAAUGCCUGCAGCUCCACCACCAAGUUGUCUACCACCUGCGCCGCCACCACUGUGUCUCCCACCCCUGCCUCCACAAUUACCACCCAUUAUAUUAUCAGCACCACCACCUGCACCGCUCUGUUUGCCACCACAACCACCUCUUAUACUUCCCGCCCCACCACCAGCACCAUAUCUUCUCCCAGCACCACCGCCAGCACCACUGUAUUUGCCUGCGCCCGCUCCAGCGCCUCUAUGCUUUCCAGCGCCGGCACCCGCACCAAUAUUUUUACCCGCCCCUCCACCCGCACCCAUGUUCUGCCCCCCACCACCACUACCACCAGCACCAGCUCCGAUAUUUAUAUCAUUGGUUCCGCCUGCGGCACCUCCAUGCUGUGCCCCACCACCUCUCGGUAUUCCAAUGACCGCGUUCAUGGUUCCACCUCCAGUACCCGUUACGUUAGAACCGAAACCUAUAGAACUGCCACCUUGUGGUUGCAAGUACUGCUUAUAG